AUGAAGCUGUUCGACGACGAUGACGCCACCGUCGAAGACAUCUCCAAAAUUGAGAUCGACCAGGAGUACGCCCGGCGGUACGAGCACAACAAGAAGCGGGAGGAUCUCCAGCGAUACGAGGAGUUGAAAAAGAGUGGCCGAAUUGACGACGACGAUUCAGAGUCGGACUCCGAGUCGUCGGACGACGAUGCUGAUGAUAUAGCUGGCGCCAACAAGAAGAAGGACAUUAAGUUCUUCGAGAAUCUGCUCAAGGUAAGGAAGCAGGACCCUUCACUCUACCAGAAUGUUCCGAUAUUUAGUGAUAGCGAAGAGGAAGAAGGAGACGAUGAUGAGAAGGGGCAGGAUGAUGAGAAUAAUGUUAAUGAGAAGCAGAGUGAGGGGAGCCAGAAGAAGAGGAAGUCAAUGUACUUGAAGGAUGUUGUGGCCAAGAACUUGAUCGAGGAAGGCCCUGAAUUUGACGAUGUGGAGACUAGACAAGGGAAGAGAGGGAAGACCUACAAUGAAGAACAGGAGGAAUUGAGGAAGCAGUUUCUUGAUGCUGUGCAGGACCUCGAGGGUGGGGAUGACGGGGUAGGGGAAGGGGAAUUCUUGAAACUGAAGGAUAAGGGUAAUGGAGGGGAUGGUGAGGAAGAUGAGGUGUUUGAGGCCAAAUUGGGUGAGUACUUUGGCCCUCAGGAAGAGUUGGACGAGAACAAGAUGUUCUUGAUGGAGUUCUUCAAGAACAAGAUGUGGGCUGACAAGGGUACUGAUGGUAGGGGUGAGGGUUUUGAGCUUGGGGACAUUGAUGAGAUGGAUGAAGAGGAGGUAGAGAGGCAAGAACAGUUUGAAGAGAGGUUUAAUUUUAGACAUGAAGAGAACAAAGGGGAUAGGGUGAUGGGUCACUCUAGGUUUGUAGAAGGUGCUAUUAGGAAAGAGGAGAAUCCGAGGAAAGGGCAAAGGAAGAGGAAGGAGGAGAGGAUGAAGGAGGCGGAGAUUCGGCGAAAGGAGGAGUUAAAGCACUUGAAGAAUUUGAAGAAGAAGGAGAUGGAGCAGAGGCUGCAAAAGGUUAUGGAGGCUGCAGGUAUUAAAAGUGACAAUGGUGCAUUGGAUUUGGAUGAGUUGGAGGACGAUUUUGAUCCUCAGAAGUAUGAUACGAUGAUGAAGAAGGCGUUUGAUGAUGGAUAUUACGAAGCUGAAGAUGCUGAUCCUGGGUUUUGCAGUGGAGGCGACGAUGAUGGUGAUAUCGAGAAACCGGAUUUUGAUAAGGAGGAUGAGUUACUUGGACUUCCUAAAGGUUGGGAUACAGCUGAUAAUGAGGGCGACUUUGCAUCUGUUCGUGAAAGGAUUUUGAAAGAAAAGGGUAAGAGUGUCGACGAUGAUGACGAUGAACAGGAAGAAGGGGAAGAGGAAGGUAAAAAGGAUGAAUGGGAGGAUGAAGGUAAAAGGAAAAAGCAAAAACGUAAGCUGUCAUUGCUGCAGAAAACCAAGCAGGAAUUGUUGGACGAGUACUACAAAUUGGAUUAUGAGGGGACAAUUGGAGACCUAAAGACGAGGUUUAAAUAUGCGAAAGUGAACCCUAACAAAUAUGGAUUGAAGACGGAGGAUAUAUUGUUGUUGGAGGACCAAGAUUUGAACCAGUACGUGUCGGUGAAAAAGCUUGCUCCUUACAGAGAGAGCGAGUGGAAGGUUCCCAGCAAUCAGAAGAACCAGUAUAAGAUGAAGGUUAAGGAGCUGAAGAAUAACCUUAACAUCCGGAAGGCUAGUAAGAAGAACAAUAACCCAAAGAUCGAUCGUGAUAACAAUGAAGAAUCAACUUCAGCCGGCCUAUCCAGGAAAGCAAAGAGAAGGCAGAACCAAGCACAUCUCAAAUUGUCACAUGGUAGGCUCUUAGCAUAUGGGAAGCUUCAGCCUAGUGCUAAAGGCAAGAAGAAAGUGUAA